AGGGAUGGGACUCUAUUUGCCCUCAUUCCUAAGAGGAAUCAGGUGCUUUCUGUCACCUGGACUACCAAAUCUCCAUGGAUGUCACAACCAACCCACUUGCCUGAACUGAGACCUGUCCCAAUCUGAUCUGGAGUCAGUCAGCUGGAUGUCACUCUCAGUCUUUCUAAGAACACGGAGAGAAAGUCACAGAUGACCAUCAGGUGACUUUGCUAUGUUCUACAAAAACACUUUUAGGAUGACGGAACAACAGUUCGACAUGAUGCUGGAGAACAAAGAGAUCCAGGAUGACUGCAGUGUAAAAAGCAAGCGUUAUCUUCUCACUUUGUUUGAUGAAUCGACUGCAGAGUAUUUCCUCAGCCCUUCCUUAAGCCCAAAGGAUACACCUCCUUGGUUUUCCCAGCUGAAAGACAAUGCGAAAGAUUACAGUGCAGUUGCCCUGUGGGACACUCUGAGACUGCGCUCUACACAAAUACUGCAAGAAUCAAACACAGAGCCUUCGAUGGAGAUUACUAACGAGCUUGCCAGACGGGUAACAGACUGGAAGACACAGAUAAAGCAGGACCAUCUGAUGCACCUGUCAGAAGUGAAAUACAUGUUUCAUUGUGCUCAGCGUAAUCAAGCCAUCUCUGCCCUGCUUCUACAACAAAACCCUCUUUUUGACUAUCAGAUCAAUAAUGACUGAAUAGAUUAUUGCCUACAAUGCAGAAUAACAUCCAAAUAAGUGCAAAUGAGGAGUACUCAAUAAAAUGCUCAAUUACUCAUUCAUUUAUUUUCUUUCCGGAAAAAAAAAUCAUUCAUUUUAUUUUCUGAUCCUUAUAUAUAUUUCUGCAACCUACAAGAGGAAGAAUGGUAAGCAGAAAUUUAGUUUGGUUCAGCAAGACAUUUUAGACAAUUUGCUAACUCCUGUUUUUCAAUUGUCAUAUAAAAGUUUUGCGCAGACUUAAUACAUGAGUCUGCUUUAAUUGAUAUAGUUAAAAUAAAAAUAAAUAAGAAUGCUGUCAUAAUUUACUCACCCUUUACUUGUUUACUUGCUAUUUUGAAGAAAGCUGGAAAGUUAUAACCAUUGACUUCCAUUGUUUUUGUUUUGUUAAAAAUGAAUUGUUACAGGUUUCUGGCUUUCCUUAAUAUUUAUAUUCUUUGUGUUCAAGAGAUAAACUCAUAAAAGCUUAGAGGCACUUGAGGGUGAUUAAAUAGUGAGUAAAUGUUCAUUUUUGGGUGUGCUAUCCCUUUAAUCUACACUGUGGUAAGCAAUUGUACUUGUAAUUCACUACCAUUGGAGGGCAGCAGAAUCUAAAUUUGCCUUUAACCUCAUUAACGAAACAAUUUAAAUUGUCUACUUGUUUUUCUCCAGGUUGUA